UAACCGUUUAGGUUCUUGGCUUCAAUCUACCAUUGUUAUAUGUCAACUAUUUAAACAGAGCGCCCGGCACUGCACAGCUACAGUACGGACAGAGGUUUUCCUACUUCACGUCUCGAAGUUGUGUUCUGCACAGUUGACAGCAUGAUGAGGGCAAUCCUACUCGUUUGGUUCGCUACGGCCCUCGCGUGUGGCUUACCGAAUGACAUCCUGCGGGAUACAGGAAAGGCCAAAUGCACCUGCGAAAAUCUGCAGGCAGCAGUCACCGACCUCGAGGCUCGUCUGUCGCAGAUGGAGACCACCGUCGCGGCCACUCAAACCCUGGCUAGCCUGGACCACGCUCUCGGUACCGAGCUCAACCCCGCCUUGUCCUGUCUUCUCAUCAAACAGAACAACCCCUCCAGCCAGGACGGUGCCUACUUCCUUAUCGGGAAGGACGGGACCAUCUACCAGACCUACUGCGACAUGACCACGGCCGGAGGCGGCUGGACGCUGGUCUCCAGCGUGCACGAGGACGACAUGUACGGCAAGUGUACGGCCGGGGAUCGCUGGACCAGUACCCGAGGGAACAGCCUCCACUAUCCAGAGGGAGAUGGCAACUGGGCCAAUGUGCACACCUUCGGCUCCAUGGGGUCGGCCACUACAGACGACUACAAGAACCCAGGCUACUUCAGCAUCAGCGCCUCCAACGUCAUGCUGUGGCACGUACCGAACAACGUACCGCCAAAAGAGUACAAAACCGCCGCCUACCUACGGUACCGAACCGCCACCGGUUUCCUUGGGGACUUUGGAGGUAAUCUGUACUCUCUGUUCAAAGAUCACUUCCCCAUUGCUUACGGACUGGGCACGCACACCCACGACAACGGUCCGGCCAUCCCGAUUGUGUACGACCUUGGUAACAAUACUCUAAUGGAGUCACUGUUGCCCCCGAACGUCGUUACUUACCGCGAAGCCGUCCCCGGGUUCGUGCAGUUUCGGGUGUUCACCAAUACUCGUUCUUGCACUGCGGUUUGUCCAGGUGUCAACUACGUCGGCCCCAAUGCAGAGCAAGUGUGUAUCGGUGGAGGUGGAUACUGGGCGGAGGGUCUGUCUCAGUGCGGCGACUACUUGUGGAAGGCAUAUAGCGGCUAUGGUACCGGCAUCGCCUGGAGCGCGAACCAGCUAGUCACCGAGUCCGUCAUCAUGUUCUUUUACCGCUAGGUAAAGAAACAUCUGACGACAAGAUUCGUAAAGUUGGAAGAGAAGGAAAGUCCCAUCAUAGUUCCUCUAUAAUCUAGAGAGAAAAUGGCAAACAUGAUAGACGUUUCCACCUCUAUAUCUUUCAAUGAAUGUUUUACUAACUAAUAAACGCAAACGAUGGUAGAAAUAAA